UCCGGCUCGACCCUUGGCGCGGACAAUCUGUCCUUGUUGGAAGAAGUGAAGAAUUGUUAUAUUUGACUAUUAUUUGAGGCUAACAGGAGAGGCAAAAGGUACAGCAAAACCAACAUUUGAUUCCAGAACUGAACCUCGAUCCGAUCUCUAGGUGAAUGCUCUAACCUAUUCAAACAAGGCCUGCCAGCUGGCUGCAAGCGAUUGACACAGUUUUGUUCAGAUCUGAUGGUUCGGAGCUGAAGACAUAAUGGCAACAGACCCUCCAGACAUCUUAGAGCAAGCUCUGGCUGAAGUUGGCCCUUAUAUUGGUUUAGACACAGGGUCAGAGGUCAACCAGUACAGUUCUGCAGAAACAGGGUCAGAGGUCAACCCUUACAUUUCCUCACAGACUGACAAACUUGUGCAAGAUAUACAGGCUUUGUGUACCAGACUUGCUGAGGAAGGGGAGGAAACUCUAUUUAUAUCUGUGAAUGUGUCUGGCAACCAAUGUGCUUACCUUGGCUCCACAUUUGGCAAAGACUACAUAGAAAAGAACGGACUUGUACAAGGAUUCUUUUCUUAUUGUAAUGAGAGAUAUGAGUCCAGAGUUGCCCAAUCCAGCUCACCAGUGAAGUCUCCACAGAAAGUUAUAUCCCAGGAAUCCGGCCACACAGCUAACAUUGUAUCACAGCUACCAGUCCAGAAUAUAUCCCAGACAUCAAAACAACCACCCAACAAUGUGAUAAGUCCUCCACAGACCAUUUAUCAGACCCCUGUGUCUGUUCCCACGUCAAGCACUGCAUACCGCUCACUGCUGACAAAAGAAGGAAUCCAAGAGCUUGCCAAAAGAUCGCUGAGUGAAUUAGAUGACACUGAACAAACUUCGAAAAUUGAUACGGGACCUUCAGUUUCCACGUCGACAGGCACUACUGGAUCAACAGGUUCCAUGACAACAGGUACUGUUCGACCUUCAGUUUCCACGACAACAGGUACUACUGGAUCAUCAGUUUCCAUGGUGACAAGUACUGCUGGACAUUCAGUUUCCUUGGCGACAAAAUCGGCUGAAUCCUCAACUACCACAGGAUCAAGAACUGAAACAAGUCUGGAUAAGUCAAUAGGUACUGACUUCCCUGACGAUGAAGAAAGCAGAGUGCCAAUCUCCAAGUCCUUGGCCCGGAACAACCAGAAGGAGGGAACAGGAGAAAAGUACGUUGUAUAUAUACAGAAAUCUCCCGACUCAAACUCGAAUAAAAGUGUCCUUGUGUAUAAACGUCCCGAAGAUCUCCAGAAAAAUACACUCCAGAAACUUGGUUUAGUGAAAUCUGACGGACUAAAGAAUACAGAGAAAAAACAAACGGAAAUUAUCAAAUCAGCUACCAUAACGAAGGACCCGGACGAGUUGAGCAAGUCACAAGAGGUUGCUGGCACCGGCAGAAGACGCGGUAGACCACCCAAGACAAGAACAGCUGCUCAAACAGGUACAAGUGAAGUUGGCAAAGUAACCAAUCCUCAGACACCUGCCAACAAAACUUCAUCAAACACGCAAACAACAGACAGGACUGCUUCACGGCGCACUUCAGGUCAUACCACCAGACUACAAGCCACAGGUGAGUCGUCUUCAAAACAGUCACCUUUGCGCAGCAGAGGAAGUCAAGCAGUGGAUACCCUACAACGGACUCCAGAGGGCGACACCAAAGGACCAUUCCUCAUGCGAACAAGAAGUGGAGGGAAAGCAAAGCACAUGCCGUGGCUUAACAAAUGGAAAGACAACGAUGACAAGAGCCAGAGUGAAGAGAAGAAACCCAAAGAAAGGAAAGCUGUGGUAUCCCCCGAGCAACAGACCAGAAGUGGGAAAAGGCGGAAAGAAUUAGCAGGUAAUGAUGAUGUGAGAAAAAAGAUCAAAAUUGAGGUUGAGUCUGAUGAUGAGGAUACGGUUGAGACGCAGAGUAUAGGUUUAGUUACUAGUGCGAAAUCACUGGUAGCUGACAGAAAGUCCGAAGAGUCGUCUCAUAAGGAUAUGCCAUCAAUAAAACAAAUGGAAUUUGAAGAGGUGAUGAACAAUGAUCUGGGAACAGAAGAUGUUUCUGAAAAACAAGUUAACGUUGCUUCAAAUGACAAGCCAGCCGAUAUAGGUGCCGGAGGAGAUUCGAUGGAGUGUGCGAGUCCGACGGAAACUGACACGGAAGGAAAUGUCGAUGAUAUUUUGACAGGUAAUACUGGGAUCGGUGAAGGUGAGGCUACGGUGGAGCGUGAAGAUGCACGUACAGACGAUUGUAGUGAGAAGUGUGAGAUUUGUGGGGAUGUAUUUGGUAUUACAGACGCGCUGAUAAAACACAUGCAGGAUGACCAUGAUAUCCGCAGCCUGCAUGAAGAGGAUGAGGACGAGGGGUUGGAGGGGUUAGAUAAGGAGUUGAAGGGAGAAGAUCUGAAUGAGUGUGAAUUGUGUGGGAAGGUAUUCAGAACAGCUCUCAGACUAAAACUUCACCGGAAGGUACACGAUUCUGGUCAGUAUGUUUGCAGUGUAUGUGGAAAGAUUUUCCUCCAUGAACAAAACUUGUCCAGACACAUCCUUCAGAAACAUACGAACAAACGCUACCCGUGCACUGAGUGCCAAGAAAUGUUCAAAACCAUUCGUCAGCGAAACGAACACCUCGCCAUCAAGCAUAGUCUACCGGCAGUAUUGCGGUGUAAACAUUGUGCGCUAACGUUCACGGACGCAAAGUCGCUGAGGACACAUUCAAAGUCUCACGUUACUCCGUGUAUGUGCGAGUUUUGCGGCAAGUCGUUCUCCCGUCGCGCCGAUCUCGUGAUGCACCGUCGCAUCCACACCAAAGAGAAACCGAUUAAAUGUCUUAUUUGUGGACGAGGGUUCGCACGUGCUAGCACGCUGUUAAGUCACAAGCUAACCCAUCGGACGUACAACGCCUUUCAGUGUGAGGUUUGCGGACGCACGUUUAAAACCAAGGAGUCUAUGCGCCAGCAUCGGAAAGUCCACACAAAGGAGUCAACCGUUCCUUGUGAUCACUGCACGUUAAAAUUUCGAACAUUUGACGGCAUGAAGAACCACAUCAUUCAGUGCCAUGAAGACAUCAAGCCGCCCAAAAGCUGGAACGUUUAUACGUGUGACAAAUGUCCAAAGAAAUUCGGCGGGAAACAACAAUUCAUACGGCACAUGAGUGUUCAUACGGGUGUACGGCCGUACGAUUGUAACUUGUGUGGAAAAUCUUACCCCACACAAGGUGCGCUUAACACACACAGGAAAAUUCACAAGGAGUGUAUGCCUACGCGCCAGUUCCACUGCAACGUUUGUAACCUUCACUUCGGAAUCCUCUCGAAGAUGAAACGACACAUGGAAACGGCUAAACACAUCCAGUAUUGUAUGUCUGUAGGCGUCGACCCUAUGGGCAAUCUGCGGGAAUACGAGGCGAAAAUUUCGUCAGAGGGCAACUUGCGUGCCCAUCCAGGCGGUGUCCAGGUGCCUUCCGACGGUUCCAUGCCAAUUAUUAUUAAGAGCGAGGUUCCAGAGCUGUCCGUGUACGAGGGAGACGAGACGGUGGAAUGUGUUCUCAUCCAUCUCCCUGACGACGAAGUGGCGCUACAAGAUGGCGCCCAGAUUGUAUACAGCAUUAACACGGAGGACGGUACGAUAGAGUCGGUGUUGCACGAAAGCGCUCCUCAGGAAGAAAUAGCAACAGAACAACCACAAUGAUCACAUAUACUGUCGGGGUUCGAACACAACACAGUGGUCGGGCCAGUGUUUCACUGGUGUCCGUUGGGAGGAACUGUUACGGUAUGAAUACAAAGAUAACAGCUUUAGUCGGCAUUUCACGCGUGUUCCCGAUAAAGAUACCGGCACAAUGUGAACACAAUCAUGACAAGUCAUUUUACUUCGUGGGAAAACUAAUCGGGGAACGCGGGUACAGCGAUUAUAUAAACGGUCUUAUAUAAAUCAUAUGACCUUUCGUUUCACGAGACAAUUUCCUAUUGAAACAUGGGCAUGUCGUAAACAUAACGUUGGCAGUUUAAGUCGCGUAGUCAUAGAAAACACCGUUGAGUGAUGUAGUUUUUUUAAAUGCACGGUCACACUGAUGGAGUUGGAGCCAUGUGAAGUCGGUAUUACGGGUGUUUUAAAGGCGAGCAUGUAUCCAGUCCUAGUGCUUACUGGUUAUACAUGUUGAUAGCACUGUGGUUAAGGCCAUUUAGUAUCCGUGUGCUUAUAAUAGUAAGGAAAAGGGGAAAGGGUCGUUGGAGCACUAUUUGCGGUUUUUGCGUUGAAACAAAUACCAGUAAUCGAAUGGGUCGAUAAAGGGUACAUGUGUAUACAGACGAACGACUAUCAUUUACACGUGCAGUGAUAAAUAAUUAUUUAUAUCAUAUAAAUGUUAUUAUAAAUACAUAAUCGGUAAUCAAACUGCAGCCUGAUAUACAAUAAGCGACGAUGUAGCUAGUUUGUGAUAAACUUACAUUACACAGUAUCAGAUUCUGUUGAAGUAAUUGACAAGUUACACAAAGACUUUCGAAUGAUUUUUGAAGAAUUUUGGAUAGAUAUUUAGCUAAAUAUUAUUUUCAAUCUUAAGACUUGCCUUUUUGACCGUGUCACGUUAUUUUACUAAAUUAUAAGUAAGUUGGUUUGAGUUGCAAAACGCCUUGCUUGAUCUCGAGAACAGUUUCAUUAACAUAAAAAAAACACGGUGAAGAUGUACUCGACAAUAAAGUGUUUCCAUACUAACGAACUUUGAUAUGUGUCUGUCACGUGCACAUUUAAAUAGAAUCAAACCACGUGUACCUAUAAAUAUAAUCUAAGCAUGUCCAUGUGUUCUCUCUACGGAGAAAGCUGUUCUUGUUAUCAGAUUAUUUUUGUUCAUUAAAUUAUAUUUUCAAAUGA